AUGAGAAGUCUUCUUAAAUUUAUUCUAACGCUUUUCUUGGCUCCUCUUUUUGUAACAUGCUUGUAUUCUAGUAGCUCACAAGUCAAAGUUAUCAAUGGUGCACAGCUAAAGAAGUUAAUUAAAGAAAAUCCCGUUGUUUUGGUGGAAUUUUUUGCAGAGUGGUGCGGACAUUGCAAGGCAUUUGCUCCUGAAUAUGAAAAGGCUGCAAAAGUUCUCAAAGGAAUUGUCCCUGUUGUGGCUAUAGAUGACCAGAGUGAUAUGGCUGAAUAUGGAAUUCAGGGAUUCCCAACAGUAAAAAUCUUUACAGAACAUUCUUUAAAGCCAAAAGACUUCACUGGGCCCAGGAAGGCAGAAUCUGUUGUAAAUGCUGCUCUUUCAGCACUCAAAGAUGUGACAAACUCUCGUCUAAAUGGAAAGACUUCUAGUAAUAAGAGUUCAAGCAAGAGUAAGGAUUCCGGGAAGAAUUCAAGAAAAUCUAGUGUUAUUGAGCUGACUGAUAAUAACUUUGAAGAUCUAGUCAUUAAGGACAAAGAGAAUUCUUGGUUUGUUAAGUUUUAUGCACCUUGGUGUGGACAUUGCAAAAGUCUUGCCCCUGAUUGGGAGGAGCUUGGUAGUAUGGCAGACGGGAGGGUAAAAAUCGCUAAGCUGGAUGCAACUCAACACACAAUGAUGGCUCAUAGAUAUAAAAUUCAAGGAUUCCCUACAUUGUUGAUGUUCCCUGCAGGAGAAAAGAAAGAAAUAACCCCGGUUCAUUAUAAUGGCCCCAGAACAGCAAAUGAUCUUUUUGAAUUUGCAAUCAAAUUUCAAUCCAGCUCUGCUAACAUAAAACAAAUGCUUAGCCAAGAAGUAUUUGAAAACACUUGUUCCAAAGGACUGUGCGUGAUUGCUUUCCUUCCUCAUAUUGCAGACUCAAGCGAUUCUGAGAGAGAAAAGUACUUAAAGAUAUAUAAGGAUGUUGUAUCAGCUUCAGCAGCAAUGAGAAUUCGAUUUCUUUGGUCAGAAGGAGGGUCUCAAUUUGAUUUUGAGGAGAAACUAAAUCUUGCAUUUGGAUACCCUGCAGUUGUGGCAAUCAAUAACGAGAAACAAAGAUUUUCAACCCAUAGAGGGAGCUUCACAGUAGAAUCUUUGAACUCAUUUAUUAUUGCUUUGACCACAGGACGAGCUCCAGUAGAACCCUUACCUAAGCUACCAAAUAUUUCUAAAGUAAGUCCUUGGGAACCGAAUAAAUCAAAACAAAACUCAAAUGAUGAAAGUGGAAGUAAGACUAAUCGUCAAUCAGACGAACUAUAA